AUGCAACUGUGGGAAGACGGGGAAUCGACUGGCGAUGGCCUCACGCGGGAAGAGUCGUUGCGGAUUGACGGGCAGGCUUGCUGGUAUCACGCAGGUGUCGGAAGCGGGAGGUCUGAGGAACGUGCGGAAGAGGUGUACGGAAAUUUUUGGGUUUUGAAAGAGGAAUGA